AUGGAAACGAACUUCACUCCAUACAAUCUUCAUCUUACUUCUAGCAUGAAGAGGAGUGCUUGCAGAAACUACCAUGAACAUGCUCAUGAGUCUGAAACGUUCCCACACAAAAAAGAAGAUGACUCCACUUCUACUUCACUUUCAAGCUUGUCAAAGAUUAUUCUUCCACCUUUGGGUGUUUCGAGCUUUAACCAGAAUCCUAUACAGUCCAAAGGCUCGGUAAUCUCUCCUAUGGACUCAAGAUACAGGUGUUGGGAGACAUUUAUGGUGGUUUUGGUAGCUUAUUCCUUGUGGGUUUACCCUUUUGAAGUUGCAUUUCUGAACUCCUCUCCAUAUAGUGCACUAUACAUCGCAGACAGCAUUGUUGACCUAUUUUUUGCUGUGGACAUCGUUUUGACCUUCUUCGUUGCGUACAUCGAUUCAAGAACCCAACUCCUUGUACGUGACAGAAGAAAGAUUGCUGUGAGGUACCUAUCGACAUGGUUUUUGAUGGAUGUUGCAUCCACUGUCCCAUUUGAACCACUGGCCUACUUGUUCACGGGCAAAGAAAAAGUUGGCCUUUCUUAUUCUCUCUUGGGACUGCUUAGGUUUUGGAGACUCCGACGAGUUAAACAAUUCUUCACUAGACUUGAGAAGGAUAUCAGAUUUAACUAUUUUUGGGUCCGAUGUGCUAGGUUACUAUGUGUCACACUAUUUCCAGUGCAUUGUGUUGGUUGCCUCUACUAUCUACUAGCUGACAGAUACCCACACCAAGGGAAGACAUGGAUAGGUGCUGUGAUUCCAAAUUUCAGAGAGACAAGCCUUUGGAUCAGAUAUAUUUCAGCUAUGUACUGGUCCAUCACCACCAUGACUACCGUUGGUUAUGGUGACCUCCACGCCGUCAACACCAUGGAAAUGAUUUUCAUUAUUUUCUACAUGCUCUUCAACCUUGGUCUAACUGCUUAUAUAAUCGGUAACAUGACGAAUCUAGUCGUUGAAGGAACUCGACGUACCAUGGAAUUUAGGAACAGCAUUGAAGCAGCAUCCAAUUUUGUGUGCAGAAACCGUUUGCCCCCAAGAUUAAAGGAUCAGAUAUUGGCUUACAUGUGCUUGAGAUUCAAGGCUGAGAGCUUGAACCAGCACCAAUUGAUCGAACAGCUACCAAAAUCCGUCUGCAAAAGCAUCUGCCAGCAGUUGUUUCUGCCAACGGUGGAGAAGGUCUAUCUUUUCAAGGGUGUCUCAAAGGAAAUACUCUUGCUUCUGGUUGCGAAGAUGAAAGCUGAGUACAUCCCACCAAAAGAAGAUGUUGUUAUGCAAAAUGAAGCUCCGGAUGAUAUUUACAUAAUUGUAUCGGGAGAGGUUGAAAUCAUUCAAUGUGAUCAAGAGAAAGAACGAGUUGUUGGGGCUUUGCACUCUAGAGACAUGUUCGGAGAAGUGGGUGCACUUUGUUGCAGACGUCAGAGCUAUACAUUUCGGACCAGAACACUCUCACAACUCCUGAGGCUCAAAACCGCUGCUCUGAUAGAGGCAAUGCAGGCCAGUCAAGAUGAUUACGUAGUUAUGAUAAAGAACUUUCUUCAGCAUCACAAAGGGCUAAUGGGUUCAAAGAUUGGAGAUGUAAUUGUUGAGAAUGCAGAAGAAGAAGAGGGUGAUCCAAACAUGGCUUUCAACUUGCUAACUGCAGCGAGUACAGGUAAUGCUGCUUUUCUUGAAGAACUUCUCAAGGCAAAAUUUGACCCUGAUAUUGGAGACUCUAAAGGAAGAACUCCAUUGCACAUAGCAGCAUCAAAUGGGCACGAAGAGUGUGUAUGGGUGCUCCUUAAGCAUGGAUGCAACAUACACGUGAGAGAUAUUAAUGGCAAAACUGCUUUGUGGGAAGCUAUAUCGUCGAAUCAUCAUUCCAUCUUUAGGAUUCUCUAUCACUUCGCGAACAUUUCAGACCCCUACACCGCCGGUGAUCUCUUGUGCACUGCUGCAAAACAAAACGAUCUGACGCUGAUGAAGGAACUAUUGGAAGAAGGAUUAAAUGUUGAUUCAAAGGAUCGUCAUGGGAAAACAGCAGUCCAAGUGGCUAUGGCAGAGAAUCAUGAAGACAUGGUAAAUUUACUAGUAAUGAACGGCGCAGAUGUCGCGGAAGCAAACGCUCACGACUUCUCUUCCACAACCCUGAAUGAAAUGCUUCAAAAGAGAGAGAUUGGACACCGAAUUACGGUGCCUGAUGUUUUAGCAACUAAUGAAGUGCUUUUGAAGAGGCACGAAGAACAAGAGGAAUGCAAAUCAUGUGGUAAAUCCAAAGGAUCAUUGAAUUCCAUAAGGGUCAGCAUAUAUAGAGGCCAUCCGUUGGUUAGGAGACAAACUUGCUGUCUGGAAGCUGGGAGAUUGAUCAGGUUGCCAGAUUCACUGGAGGAGCUCAAGAGCGUUGCAGGUAUAUCGGUUACUAAAGAGUUUUUGUUUGUAUGUUUUGAGCAAAAUCACAUUCUUGGGCAGACAUAA